AUGGUCCCGGAACGAUACGGGCUGCAGGCUGGUGACCACAUCCCGGGGUCUGUCGUUCAUCAGUACUUCUGCGAUUUCGCAGAGCACUUUCGCCUGCACUCCCGUCUUCUCCUCCGUACAAGGGUCGAUUCAGCCAGCUCCCUCGACAACGGGAGCUGGAGCAUAUCACUCACUACCGAGUCUCAAUCCGACCCAGCCCGUCCAACGACGCGCAGCAUUGUCGCCGACAAACUCGUGCUCGCAACGGGUCUCACCUCGGACCCUUAUAUACCAACAUUCAAAGGCCAGAAUGACUUCCAACGACCCAUCCUGCAUUCAAAGCAGCUUCGCGCGAGAGCGGACGAGCUCGCAGAACUGAAAAAAGUCGUUGUCGUGGGAGGCAACAAAUCAGCCUGGGACGUGUGUUAUAAUGCUGCAAAAGCCGGCGCGCACGUCGACAUGAUGCCUCAAUCAAAAAGGUCAAUCGAUACGACAGCCAUCCGCAGUUGGCGAAGCUCAAGCCCUGGAUAA